CACACUUCCGCUCGGUAAAACUUCCGGAAGUUUCAGUGUGUUUGCCGCGAAUGUGACGAAGGUUAAUGAAGUAAAAUCUGUUGUUUGUUGUCGAUGGAAGAAACAUCAGCUGCUCGUAUGGAGCUUUCAUCUUUACUUCAUGACCUUCAUCUCACCUCCUCCUCCCCCUCAGAGAAGCUCCUCCCCUCUCCCUCCCUUCCUCCAAUCACAGAGCUCCUCUCUCGGCUGCAGGAGAAGCUGAUUGGUUCGUCCUCCGACUCUGAAACGAGCUCCCUGAUUGGUCGUGUUGAGCGUUUCUUCCAAGUAGCAGAUCCCCAUUGGCUGUUCUCAGCCAGUCAGGAUGAUGGGUGGUCGGAGCUUCAGGUGGCGUACAGCUCUCUGGUCCGUGCUCUGAUUGGCUGUGCAGCUCUGCCGCUCUGCGAGGACGACUGUGGCUCUCUGCCGUCCGCAGCCUAUCAGAGCGUCCCAAGCAGAGCUGGAGCAGUAUGCUCCGCCCUCACAGCGCUGCUGGGAACUCUGGGAAACAGAGGCAGUCAGACUGGUGUGCUGCUGGCUGUGGCUCCGCCCAUCUGUGUGUUCUCUGUCACUCAUUUCCAGGUUCAGCCGUGGACCAGCUCCUCGUCCAGAGUGGCGGCUCAGAGCCUGCAGGAGGCGCUGCUGAGGGCAGGGGGCUGGAGAGACUCGGCCCACCUCCUGAUGGGGGACAGGAGUCAGGAGGAGGAGGAGGAGGGGGGAGGGAGGAGCAGAGGAAUUCUGGGAGGAGUCCUGGACGUCCUGCAGCCUCAGCUGACAAAUCUGUGUGUGUGUGUGUGUGUGUGUGUGUGUUUCAGGGAGUCGUGGCAGCGCUGUGAAGCAGUGAAGGUGGUGUUUGCGUGGACGCUCCUGCAGGUGACUCGUCCCUUUCUGUCCCCUCACCUGUCCCACCUCCUCCCCCCCUCACUCCUCCUCAAUGACCACUACAGACCAGAGAACUGCAUGCUGGGAGUUCGCUGUCUGCACCACAUCGUGCUCAACACGCCUGCUGCAGACCUGCGUCAGUUCAACAGAGCAGAAGUUCUCUACCAGGCCUUAUUCAAACACCUGUACACUACAGAGGCUGCUGUCAUCCAGUCUGUUCUGUCCUGUUUGUUGGACCUGUUGUUGGUUUUGGAGAAGCCCCCCUCGUCUCUUGCCCCCCCCUCCUCCUCCUCCUGCAGGAAGCCCUGUCGUCAUGACGAUGUGCUGCGUCUGGUCCUGACUCACAUGGAGGCGGAGCACAAGGUGGCUCUGCGACAUGUCUACGCCACCGCUCUCCCUCCGUACAUCGACAGGAUGGGCGUGGCCGUGUGCAGACACCUGCGGCGGCUGGAGCGGGUGGUGCUGGGAUACCUGGAGGUCAGAGACCCACCUGAGGAGACGAGUCGACUCAAGAUCCUGGAAGUCCUGGAGAAAACCAUCAGAGCAGCAUGGCCACGGAUGGAGUGUCGAGUUGGCGUGUUGCUGCGUUGCCUGUUGAAGUUGCUGGUUGACGUGUCCUCAGACUCUGAGCUCAGUGACUCAGUGAGACAUAAGCUGAUGAAUCAAACGUCUCUCUGCCUCAAACUGCUGGAUGCCUGUUGUCAUGGAGACCUGCAGCCUUUCCUCCAGCAGGUCGACAGCAGCUGCUGCAGCUCCGAGGUGCUCAGUUGCCUAGCGACAGUCACUGUGACGACAGAGAGGUAACGCAGCAGCAGCACACCUGGAACACCUGAGAGUCCUACUGUGAGACGCACUGAGAGCAGAGCUGCUGCUUCCUGACAGACAGGACUGAGGGCUGAGAGCACAGAACAGCAGUGAGUCCAGCUGGUCCAGUCUGUGCUUCAGUCCCAGUAAACUCUCCUCAGCCUCCAGUCGUCUCACCUUCAGAUUCUCCUGCUGGUUCCACAAACUGCAGCGAAGACGAGCCUCAACGAGCAACAACACACAGUCAGUCAGGUUUAUUCUCUCUGACAUCACCCACACUCACACACACACUCACACACUCACACACCCACACCCACACUCACACACACACACUCAGGCUCUGUUUACACCUUUACAGACAUUUAUGAAAACAGAUAUUCUCCUCUAUGUUUUGACGUCUCGUCCACACAAAGUGAGAUUUGAAAACAUCUUAAGUCCAGCUGUAACUCACCAGAUUCAUCACCGUAUAUGAUAUCAUAUCGAAUCUUUGGACAACCAAACUAUAUUUGCAGAUAUCACAAAGUCUGCCUUGAUAUGAUUUGAUUUGAGAAGAAGAAGAAAUCAUCUGAGCAUUUCACCCAGUUCUGCUCGUCACCUGUUAUUAGCUCUAACACUUUUACGCUGCAUGGUUUAGCCUAGCAGCUAGCAGAGUUUUCUCCACUCUUAACUUCACAAAUUACAGGUAUUGUUUAUAUAUUUUCUUCCUCACUGUUGGUGUCAGUCUCUGCGUCCCCUGACACAACUGCUCGGUUGAAUUUCGGCCUGCGUGCAUGUUUUUUGAAACGUUGAAACAGAGCAACUAAAGCCGAGUUGAGACUGCACGGUAUCAGCCUGAUUAUAACCUGACGCAGCUGUCGCACAAUGUCGGCUCUGAUCAUGAACGAGUGUUGUGCGUGAUAAUGCAUUGUUUAUCCCAUGUAGUGUGUCAUAGUAGACCACAACUGAUGCUGCGUCUGGGACGCCUUACGACUGAAAGGAGGCAAGAAAGACAUUUUAAAACGAAGGUCGUGUGGACAGAAUUUUUUAUCUUAAAUGGAGGAAAAAUAUCUGUUUUCAAAAAUGUCUUCACACGUGUAGACAGGAGCUGUUUCUGUUCUCUGUCUCACAGUCACAUGUUUCAGGUGAAUGUCCAGUUUAGCUUAGCUUAGCACAAAGACUGGAGGUAAAGGGAAACUGUUAGCCUAGCUCCAUCAGAAGAGACAACAUCUACCUUCAGACCCGUCUGAGUCACAUGUUGUUUUAUUGAACAGGUGCAGACACACAAACGUAAAAUGAGACAUUGAGGUUUUAGCAGCAGUUAGCAUUGAAGCUAUUUGUUGGCGAACAACCUCUGGUAGCAGUAAGGCUGUUCUUUACUUAUCAGAGGAGAGGGGUGGGUCUGCAGUGUGACCCUCCCUGAGUGACUGGAGGAAAAUCCAUGACCUUCCCCCUUCAUGAAUGACUGAUUAGAUUUACAUACUCUUUGAUGUUUGAAAGACAACAUUUUUAAGAUGAACUCCUGGAGUUGAAAAAAGCCUCAGUUGUUCACUCUUGUUGUGCAAACGAUUUAUUUUUGAUAACAUUUUAAAUGAGGCGUAGAAUAAAGUGAUUUUGAUGAAAUAUCACUACUUCAAGCAUUCGUCGCACAUGAUGUGUCCAAGCACUGACGGAAAUUUGAAAAUCCAACAGUAAGUUUUAUAGUUUUACAGUUUCUGGCUGAUAAAUUGUCAUUUUGUCAAUUUUUUUUUAAAACAAACCAUGCCUGCAGGGUUUGGAAGGCAUGUUGUCUUUAAAGAUCAGUGGUAAAAUAACACAAAAUACAUUUCAGUACAAUCAAAAACAGUCAAAAUUAUUUGUCAGGAUUCCCCCUCUUUGGACCACCCAUCCCCCCACAUAAAUAACGAACAGUCCCUAACCUCUCUAAAGUCCAGAACUGCCAACCCGUUUGUUGGCUAACAGGAAACAUGUUGGUCAACAGAUAGCUCCAAUGCUAACUGCUGCUAACAACAUCUCCUUUUUAUAUAUCUGUUUCCUGUUCAUCAAACAACAGGUGAAUCAGACUUUGAGUUUUAUGAAGGUAGAUGUUGUCUCUUCUGAUGGAGCUAGGCUAACAGUUUGCCUUUGCUUCCAGUCUUUGUGCUAAGCUAAGCUAAACAUGUCUCUGUACAGGAGGGAUAAAGGUUAUGUCCAUCUGAAACAUGUGACUCUGAGACAAACAGACAGACGACAAGAGGAUUUACAUUUUUAAUCUCAUACUGAAGUCAGAACUCAAGGAAUAGUCUGAAUAUAUAUUUAAUUAUUUUUAAACACAAAGUUUAUACUAACUGGUGAUAAAAUAUCAGACUGGAUCAUCUGGAUAUCAUUGGGGUUAAAGUUUGGACAUGUUACUGUGUAACUACAAGAGUUCAACAAAAAGCUAUUGUGUCAGUGAUUUCUCUCAUAAGCCUCCAAACUUCUCAUUAUAAGUCUGACUGUAUUUAAACUGCUGGUUUGACUGAAGCUGAAGAGUUUGUUUGAUAUCUAAGUUAAUAAUAAAAUAUUAUUUACCUUCA